GAUAUAGCCUCCGUGCACCUUGCAGCCUUCUCAUCCAAUAUCCUUCUGCAUGCCCAGUUCCCAACCCCAGCUAGUCUCCUGGCGCUGCGCGAGUUUCUGCGUCAGGACACUCUUCGAGAUCUGCGGGAUCCCGGGAAAGCUGUCUUGGUUGUGCGAGAUACAAAGGCCAGUAACCUGAUCGUGGGCUUUGCGAAAUGGGAUCUCCCGGGCCAUGAUGCGAGUCACAGUGAUAUCACGUGGCCAGAGGGCUGUCGUGAGGAGUAUCUAAAGGGGUAUUAUGAAAAGGUAAUGGCAGCGAGGGAUAGGGUGAUGGGGGGCAGGCAUUGCUAUUGCCUAACUUACGUCGGCACACUUCCUGAUUAUCGAGGGCGUGGGGUCGGGACAAUGCUGACCGAGUGGGGGCUUGAACGAGCCAGAGCGGAUAGGAUCCCGAUAUAUCUCGAUAGUACACUCUCGGCUUCAUCCCUGUACCGUAGAUUGGGAUUCGUUGCGCUGGAUGGCAUCUCGAUGACACUUCCUGGGACGGAAGACAGUGGUGAGCCACUCAUCUACGAAGAAUUGAGUAUGCUUAGG